GGAAAGAGAUGAAAAAUAGAGAAAACCGGUGGAUAAUUAGAAAAAAACUGCAAAAAACCCAAAUUCAACCAUUGUUGGUCGGCUCUUCGCCGAGUUCCAUUUGCCUUGUUGAACACUGGUGAAAAAUUUUUCACUCUUUCCAAAUCCGCCGCGAUUAAAUCUCUCUAACGCCGCAGAAAUCGAGCGGCAGCCUCGAACCGGACCCGGAACCGGUACCAAUGUAUGGAGCAUCCGGAAAGAUGGGCCGCGGCGGCGGCGGCGGAAGCGGCGGCAAAAGAAACAUUCACGCGCCGCCAAUUGGCCGCCCUACCCCCGCCAGCCGUCUGUCCAUGGGCGGCGCUCCUCGCGGCCGCGGCGGGCCGCCGGCAUCAUCCCCGUCGACCUCCUCGCUGCAGGUGGAGGAGAGCUUCAGCCUUGUUAGGGAGAACCCUUUGAAUUUCGGGAUGGCCAUAAAGCUGACGGCUGACCUCGUGGAGGAGAUCAAGCGCCUGGAGGCGCAGGGUGCUGCGGCGCGCAUCAAGUUCGGUGCCAAUGCUAGUGGGAAUGUUAUUCAUGUAGGGGACAAAACCAUCAAAUUCACUUGGUCUAGGGAACCAGGGGACUUAUGUGAUAUAUAUGAAGAACGUCAGAGUGGCGAUGGUGGACAUGGCUUGCUUGUAGAGUCAGGAGGCACUUGGCGCAAGCUUAAUGUAGAGCGAGAAUUAGAUGAAUCAACUAAAAAUCAUGUCAAACGGCGGUCAGAAGAAGCUGAGCGCAAGAUGAAAUCUCGAAAAGCAAUUGUUUUAGAUCAUCAGAAUCCGGCUAUGAAGAAUCAAAUGAAGGCAUUUGCUGCUUCUGAGUCUACUCAAUGGAGAAGUUUCAAGAAUCGGAAAGAACCUCCUUUCAAGAAGCCAAAAUCUGAACCAACUUCAGCAGUUGGACCUCCAAAGUCCGUUUUCAAGUCCGGUCCCAGUUUACCUAUAACAAGUCUUUCAAAGGGAAGGCUCUCUUCUGGCUCACCUUUAUCUUCCCAACCAGAGCAACAUGGUCCUUCAACAUCUCCGGUAGGAAUUGGUGAUCUUGUGAAGGGACAAAUUGUUGCCUCGGAUUUCGCAGCAACUCAAAAUCUUAAUAAAGUUUCGAGUUCUGAAAAAGAUAUAACCAACAGAAGGAAUAGUACCAUCAGCGACAAAUCUAAAUUCAAUCGGAAUAUUGAGCCCAAACCUGCUGAUUUGAGAAGUCUGAUUACUUCUCUACUCCUGGAGCAUCACUCUACAGGAAUGAGCCUUAAGGCCUUGGAGAAAGCUAUUGGAGAUGCUAUGCCCAACUCGGCUCGGAAAAUUGAGCCCAUAUUGAAACAAAUUGCCAAUUAUCAAGCACCUGGGAGAUAUUUCCUAAAAGCAGGAGUGGAGAUGGAAAGUUUCAAGAAGCUAACUCAAAGUGGAAGUUCUCCAGAAAUUAAUCGUGAUCAAUCACCUGCACCUCAGAAGUUUGACCAACUUUCUGGUGAAGAUCCUAGCAUUCGCAUGAGUACAGAUGCCAACAAUGAAGAACAGGGUGAAUUGAAUUCUACACCUACUCAUACAGCAGACAUCCUAGAGAAAAUAGGUAUUCAGAAUUCACCUGAAAAUUUGAGUGACAAAAAUGUUUCUAACAAUAGCGAAGGUGUGGCAGGCAGCUCUAGUGAUAGUGGAAGUGGAACUGACAGUGACAGUGACAGUGAUAGUAGUGACAGUGGUAGUGGUAGUGGAAGUCCUAGCAAAAGUAAAAGUCGAAGCCCAGUGGGAAGUCGGAGUGGUAGUAGUAGUGACAGUGAUACCGAUGCAUCUUCCAACAGCAAGCAGGCAUCCGAUGAGGAUGUAGAUAUCAUGAUGAGUGAUGAUGAGAAAGAAUCCAAGCAUAAAUUGCAAGAUCCUGACCAUGCUGCAUCUAUAAUCCUGGUCUAUGGAAUAACUUAUAAUGACUCUUUUGAUAUAGGGAAUUCUGAAAUUCAAGAUAAUGUCUUUGGUGAGAUUGAGAUUGACAUUGAGAAAGACUCUCCUGAAUGUCCCCAUGGUGUCGAAAUACCCCCGGCUAAUAAUUUAUUUGCCAGUAAAGAAGGUGAAGAACCUACUGUAGAGAUCAAACCUUCUUCACCUGAUCAUUAUGACCGACAAGAAAGACAAGUCUCUGAGAAAAAAGGAUACAAGGAAUCAGGCAGCAUGGUAAAUGAUAGCUUCAAGCAUGGUCAGUAUGGUACUCAGGGAAGAUCAUCAAAGGGAAAUUCUAAAAGACGCUCUGAUGAUAAGCAUUUGGAAGAUAGGACACACAGCAAAAAGAAGUCAAAGAGUAAAAACUCAAUCGAACCAGUUUCGGGGACUAUAAACUCUCUUUUUGGUGAGAGCCCUUACAACUCAUCCCCUGAUAGGCCUCUGCAAGGCGCAGACAUGCAGCCUGUUGACCUAAUGGAUGACAGAACCAACAGAAAUGAUACAAAUUAUCCUGAUCUACAAACAGGUCCUAACCACCAAGCAGUAUCACAUAGACCUGUUUCCGAUUCUCAGCAGCCAGCUCAAAGAUCUUCCGAAGCUCAUGGAUGGGGUGAGGCUCCUUCUGGAGAGAAAAGACCUGGUAAACAUAACAGCUUGGAUCGUGGUGUUAAGUACUCUGAGAGAAGCCUUCAAAGCAUUGAAGGUCCUCAGAUACAGAAAGGAUUUAAUACAGAUGCACAAAGUGAAGAUGGUUUGCUUAAUGAGCAAAGGCAAUUAAAAUUUUCCACAGAAGGAGUUGGAGACAAACAUGCACCAAUCGUAGAACCCAAUACCAGAAAAUCUGAAAUGACAGGGAAGGUAAAGGAGGCUGGCCCUAGUUCCAACUCAUACAGGGGGUUUUCUCCCAAGAGUAACAAUCCGAGUACAGCUGAUAGAUCUCCAAUGAUGAAUGGUCGGAAUGGUGUACUUCGAAGGGAGCAUUCAGACUUAGAGUUGGGUGAAUUUCGAGAACCCUCCCAUGAGGAAACACCUGCCUCUAAGAAGCAAUUUGAGAGGAAAAGUUCUUUUAAACAUUUGGAAAACAAACAAAUGGAUGCUGAAUACUGGAACUCAGAAUUCAGCGGAGGAAAAACAUCUAAUAAGAUCCCAGCAGAUUUGGGAAAAAUGUCCCCACCAAAUUCAGAUGCUGUUAUUUCCAGCAAUCCAGAUGGACCUUAUAGGAGGAAGGCCCAAGAAAAUUAUGUUGAUGACCUCGCAAGACCUCAUCACAGAAGCAUCCGACCUCUUGAUGCACAUCAUCAGCCCCGGGGGGAUCUCAACUCCCAGCAAAAUACAGUACCAGAAGCGAGUGGCAAUGAUAGCCAUCAAAAAAAGAAAUUGUCUUCUUCAGAUGAGACUAGUUGCUCAUUCACUAAAUUCGAGAAGGAGGAGCCUGAGCUGAAGGGUUCGAUAAGGGAUUUUUCAGGUACAAAAGAAUAUGUGAAGGAAUAUCAAGAAAAGUAUGAGAGCUAUUGCUCCUUGAACAAAAUCUUGGAGUCGUAUAGGGAUGAGUUUAGUAAACUUGGUAAGGAUCUUGAGGCCUACAAAGGUAGGGAUAUGAAGAAAUAUAAUGACAUCUUGGAGCAGAUGAGGUCAUCAUUUCGUCAAUGUGGGGAGAAACAUAAACGGCUGAAGAAAAUAUUUGUUGUUCUUUAUGAAGAAUUGAAGCAUUUGAAACAGAUGAUUAAAGACUAUGCCACCUCAUAUAAAAAGGACUGAUUCUUUUAUACAUCUCUCUGAGAUACCUGUAAUUUCUCUUUGGAAAUACACAUCAGGAGAUUCGUUCCUCAUCACCGUCCUCCAUUGUUAAUGAGUGUUUUCAGGCGAAACCUUGAUGGAGAAGCUCCAGCGUCCAUCUUCAAAAAUGUCGGUGGCGACAGCUUGUGCUGCAAGCCCAUGAAGAGUGGUAUGAGUGAAAUGGAAAGAGUGGGAUUAUGGGCCAGUUUUGUGGGAUACUGAACUUGUAUAUAUGACUGUAUAAUAUAUUUUUUUCUAAUUGGUUCUUUGUGGUACAGUAUAUUCUUGUGGUUUCUUGAGGGAGAUGAACCUUAUAGUUUAUUAUAAGGUUCUCUCCUAAUUUUUUUUAGUUAGCAGUUGUAGCUGAAUUACAUGUACCAAUUGUGAUCAUUUUUGACAUUUCUUUAGUAUCAUAGUUGAUGAUGCUGGUAGAAACAUAACAGGAACCAAAAGUGGUUCCACCUUUUAUUCCUAUUAAAUUUAAUCUGAUUUUUAGUUUGAACA